CGUGCUACGUAUGCCCUAAAUGGGAAACCCUAGCGGGGGCCUCUAAAGACCUCCCCUCCUCACAACUUUAGCCUCUUCCAUUCCUCCUCGUUGUUGGAACCCUGCACUCCUCCGCUUCGUACCCACAAUUUUUAUCAGCAGCCAUGAUCUUCCGGUUUCACCAGUACCAGGUGGUUGGGCGAGCCCUUCCAACCCCGGGCAAUGAGACCCCCAAGGCUUACCGCAUGAAGUUGUGGGCCACGGACGAAGUGCGCGCCAAAUCUAAGUUUUGGUACUUUUUGAGGAAGUUGCAGAAGGUCAAAAAGGCCCAUGGGCAGCUUCUUGCCAUCAAUGAGAUUUUUGAGAAGUACCCUACCACCAUCAAGAACUACGGUAUUUGGGUGAGGUAUCAAAGUCGUACCGGAUACCACAACAUGUACAAGGAAUACCGUGAUCUUACACUUAAUGGAGCAGUUGAGCAGAUGUACGACGAGAUGGCUUCACGUCACAGAGUGCGCUCCCCUUGCAUCCAGAUCAUCAAGACAGCCACUAUUCCAGUAGCUCUGUGCAAGCGUGUGAACACCAAGCAGUUCCAUAACUCGAAGAUCAAGUUCCCUCUGACCAGCCGCAAGAUCCGGCCACCAAGCAGGAGUUUGAAGACCACUUACAAGGCUUCCAGGCCCAACACUUUUGUCUGAACUGUUAAUUGUCUUCGUGAAUGCAUUGGGAAUUCAAUUCAGUAAAAGCAGGAAAAUAUUUUCAUGACCUAAUUGUUUAUUUCAGCUCAUCAGUUUAUGUGA